GUUGGUCAACGUGCUGCUCGUGAACACGCCCCCGGCUGCGCUCGCGCGGCGGUAGUUUCUGAUUGGACGGAGCAGCCGGCUACGGAACAUGGGAGACGACCUGGGCGACGAGUGGUGGCAACACGAGGUUGCCUCUGAGGCAGAGCAGGAGGAGGAGACGGAACAAGAGGAACAGCCGACAGAGAAAACAAACACAAAGACAAAAGCAGAGAAACGGAAGAAGAUAACAGAGAACACGGUGAAAGCCAAGAAGAAAAAGAACGAGCAGGCGGGGGGUGCGACUCCUCAAAAGAAAGAGACGGAGGACGAAACGUCAACUCAACCCAAGAGAAAGAGGAAGAGGAAGAAGAAGACAAUCACAGACGUGUUGGCCACCUCCGAGCCCAAGCCCGGCUGUCCGGCCGACCUGCAGAACCUGCUCACUCACUACUUCUCGGACAAGCGCUCCGUGAUCGAGCAGGAGGAGCUCAAACUGCAGGAUUCCUCUCUCCUUUCCUGCAAUGACUUGACGCACAGCCUCUCCUCUUAUCUGAAACAGGUUUGUCCCAAGUGGGCGAAGGUUCGAAAGCAGCACACGGAAAAGAGCUCGGUGAUCCUUCUCAUCGUCUGCAGCUCUGCUCUCCGAACCAUCGAGCUCAUCAAGCAGCUGACCACCUUCAAGGGUGAUGCCAGAGCAGUGAAGCUUUUUGCAAAACAUAUCAAGAUAGAGGAGCAGGUGAAACUGCUGCAGACGGCCGUCACCCACAUCGGAGUGGGGACACCGGGCAGGAUCAGUGCUCUUAUCGAGAAAGAGGGUUUGAGCCUGCAGGCGCUGAAAUACGUGGUUCUGGACUGGAACUGGAGGGACCAGAAGCUCCGGAGGAUGGUAGACAUUCCUGAGAUCAAACUGGACUUCAUGAAGCUGCUGGAGUGUGGCAUCCUGAAAGGCUGCAAAGAGGGCAAACUCAAAAUUGGACUUUUUUAACGGGCACAUAGUCAACUUCAAGAUAAUCCACUCCACGACUUGACGUUUGAAGUGAUGUGCUGACAACAAGCCGGGGGGCCUCUUCCUGUUUGAUUUCCUAGGCGUCUUGUGGUGAAACCUGUGCCGUGCUUUCACUAUUUUCAGAGGCCGUGUCGACUGUGCCGGUGCUGUUUGUUCACUGUUGUUGUCCCGACACAAUGUCCCAGUGUGAUGGAUUGAAUAAACGGACUUAGAAUUAAA